AUGGAUUCAGAGGUAAGAAUGCGUAUGGAAGAUGCACAAGGCAGUUCAACACUUGGCGUUCAUAUUAGACGUGCAGGUGGAAAGUAUGUCUGCCUGUUGAUGAAUCAUGAUACAUUUCUUGUUGUUAUUGUGUUGCAAAUAGUAAAGGAUCGUGUAUAUGUUGAGUGCAUGGAUUCUACAGGAUAUGAGCAAGGUCAUGCGCGAAGAUUCAUGCUUUCGAUUCUGAAGUGCAUAAAUCCCAGAAUCACAUCAUGCUUUAGUUAUCCAAAAAAUGAAUAUGUAUUUGGCAGCAGUUCAUUGAAUAAAGACAAACGAGUUAGAAUGCCUGAAGACUUGCUGAACUACUGGAUUUCGAUCUUUGAAGAGCAUCAUGGAAGUGUGCAUGUGUGGUCAAAUAAUUACGAUAGAAUUUCAUAUCCAUUUGAGCAUGAAGAUGAACUUGUGUAUUUUGAAGACGAUCCAAAGCAAAAGAUUUCAAGGCAUUUGAACGGAAGCAUUACAGAGAUGUUUGAUGCACUUCUAUGCAGGACUGAUUUUGUCAAAGGAUCUCUUGUGUAUGGGAAUACAAAAGUAUAUAAGAAAAGUUGCAUAAAACGGUGUUGUAUCGCAGAUAUUGAGUCUAUGAUUGUUUCAUUAAGGUCAAUGGACUUCUCAACACUCGACAAUGCAAGACAAUCAACGAAUGCAUUCUUGCAGAUGUAUGGACUGCAAACCGAAUACUUCCAGAGCAACAAAGCAGCCAAACGACGAGUAACAAAACAAGAAGAAUGCAUUAUGAUUGAUGUGAAGAAUAAGCGAUUGGUUAAGUGA